AUGCCUACUAGGCCUAGGCUUGAAAUCAUUGCUUCAACAAGUGCAAUCCUUGUUCUCAAGUUGUUCCUCAUUUCUCUAGACAUCUGUGUCGCCCAUGCAUCAGACUCCAUCACUAGCAACCAAUCCCUCUCUGGUGACCAGAAGCUCUUCUCUGUAGGUGGAAACUUUGUGCUUGGUUUCUUCACUAAAGAUGAAUCAUCUAGCAAAUUCUACAUCGGCAUAUGGUACAAAAAAGUCUCAGAGCUGACCCCUGUCUGGGUGGCCAACAGAGCCACCCCAGUCUCAGACAUCACCAAGUCUCUGCUUCAUAUCUCCCCAGACGGAAACUUGGCUCUGCUUGACCAAUCCAAGUCCCUCAUAUGGUCCACCAACACCACCAUCCCCUCCAAUUCUUCCACAGUUGCUGUCCUCCAAGACAACGGGAACCUUGUCCUGAGAGAUGCUGACAACUCUGCUAACAUCUUCUGGCAGAGUUUCGACAACCCAACUCAUAUUAAUCUUCCUGGAAGCAAGUCCAUUUUCAAUAAGGUAACUAAAGUAAGCAAGAGAUUGAUUUCAUGGAAGAACUCUCAGGACCCAGCUCCAGGAUUAUUCUCCAGCGGGUUACAGGAGAAUAACCAGUCCGUACUCCUCUGGAACAUGAGCAAGCCCUACUGGACUUCAGGGCCCUGGAAUGGCCGUACAUUCAGCAAGGAAGUGCCAGUGAGGUCGUCAGCCACCAUGGUUAACGUUACAUGUGAUGCUAACUCUGAAGAGUUCUACUGCUCCUUCAACCUCAAUAACAACUCUAGGUCCCAUGUGAUCCUGGACUUUGUGAUGGAUGUCACAGGACAGUUGAAGGCGGUGUUGUGGGAGGAGUCCACCCAACGAUGGAAUCCAUUCUUCGCCGUGCCCGAAGCUCAGUGUGACGUCACUGCAUUAUGUGGCCCUUUCGGUAGGCUGCACGAGCGUAAAUCGCCCUCGAGUCACGGUGCGUCGAGGGUUUUCGACCAGCAGGUCACCAAUAGUCUGGGCUUUGAGUGA